GUAGUUCGAUAGCUCUUGUCUGUGGUACGGUUUGUUGAGGUUCAACAAUUACGUGUUGUGUUAUCGGAUAUUUUGACAUGUAAACUAACAAAGUAUAACCAGUGUUUUUGUUUUGUUUGGUGAUUACAAAUGUUUUGUUUUAAUAGUUGAAUAUUGUGUUUGUUAUCGACUUAUAGGUACUUUUUUUUGAGGAUAGAAGUACCUAGCCAAAGGAAACAAAAGGCCUUAAAGUGACGUUAUUUUGUGUGCCUCGACAGAAACGAUCAUCUCAGAGCGAAAGCCGUGAUGGGAUGAUCGGCCUGCAAGAAUGUGGGCCCGCGCCGCCUAGAGCGCCACUGUCAACCGUCAGUGCGGCCCCCUGUAACAACGGGGGCAGCAACCGCAUCCGAGAUAGAACCGCCCUCGCUGUCGACUACUACAACACACAUGUUCAUCGGGCUUGGACCAACGCUGGACUUUCCGCCAACAACAGGUCAUCAUUUAACGACAGACACCAUCAUCAACCAGCACAACGAAGACCUCAGUACUUCGCUCCGGAGCACCUCUGCCGCAGCAACUCCAGUUUAGAGCUGUUGGAUCACAACGGGCGCCCGUCGAAUUCCAGUUCUCCGCUCUUGAAAAGGGAAUACGGCAGCCACGGGUCGAUAGACGUCAUCGAUAGACCUAGUGGAGUUCCCAGCAAUAAUGAAUUCUUCAAGAUGUUACAGGAUUAUCGACCUGCAGGUCUAGUAGGCACCGACCAACGAUCCCCGGGCCCUUCCGAAUACCUUCGCGGCAAAGUCGACGGCAAUUCCGAUGAAUCGGCGCAGAGUCCCAAAUACAAAAACAAAUUGAAAAAGCAUUUUUGGGCCAACGGCGCCGCCCCCACCAACAACUUGAAGCACUCGAGACAGACUAUGGACGAGAGUGUAGUGAGUAGUAGUUCUUCGGUAUGCGUUUCCGCGGAAUCCGAAGAGAUCGCGAGGCGGAGGGCGUUUGCGCACUACGAUUGUCAGUCGCUGACGACGAAUUUGAACUAUGCGGUUAGACUGAGGAAGAAUUUGUUAGCGAAAAGACGAAACACUGCUACAGGUGCAUCGGCUGCCUCUGUGAUGGUGCGAUCAUCGACGCCGGACGGCGAGUCUGAAGACGAUCCAGGCGACGGCCAAAGUAACGACUUGGUGGAGAGCUGUCCGUUCUUCAGGAACGAAAUAGGAGGAGAAGAGGAAAGGAUAGUGAGCUUGUCAAGGUUACAAAACGGUCACAAUCGAAAACCCCUUCACAGACCUCCCUUAGCGUACGGAGUGGCAGUCUUGGAGUUUGCAGCUGGAGAAACCCAUUGGAGGCAUUCUACUUGCCCUUACCAAAGGUUCCCGAGGCCGAUCGAAAAUGUCGACCAAGGGGCGUUGUAUUUUAGGAAAUAUUUUGUUGGGCAAGAGCACCAGAACUGGUUUGGUAUGGAUGAGCAACUUGGUCCUGUGGUUAUAUCCAUAAAACGAGAAAAAGUUGUACAUCCUGAGAAUCAAUUAACGACAACACUUAUGCAAUAUCAAUAUAGGGUAGUUGCGCGAACGUCCGAACUCCAAACCCUCCGCGGCGCCGUCUUGGAAGACGCCAUUCCCAACAUAAAACCCUCCAGUAACCCAAAAACCCUGAAUACCAAAGAAGUUCUCGAAUACGUAGUCCCCGAAAUCCAACUGACCGCCCUGAAACUAGCUAGCCAAAACCAACACGUGAUCGAGCAAAUCUUGAAGCUGGACGAGCAAGGCUUGACGAACCAUUACAAGGUCGGCGUUAUGUACUGCAAGGCCGGUCAAAAUACGGAAGAAGAGAUGUACAAUAACGAAGAAGCCGGUCCUGCUUUCUUGGAGUUUUUGGAGACCAUUGGAAAGACUGUUAGACUGAACGGGUUCGACAAAUAUAAAGCGGGAUUGGAUAAUAAAACCGAUUCCACCGGUUUGUACUCGGUGUACGCUCAGUACCAAGAGUGUGAAAUUAUGUUUCACGUAUCGACGAUGCUUCCGUUCACGCCCAAUAAUCGACAACAACUAUUGAGGAAACGUCACAUUGGCAAUGACAUUGUCACCAUCGUCUUCCAAGAACCUGGUGCUCUUCCUUUCACUCCGAAAGGCAUACGAUCUCAAUUCCAACACGUUUUUAUAGUGGUCCACGCUAUUAAUCCUUGUACGGAAAAUACACAUUAUAAGGUAGCCGUAAGUCGAUCGAAAGACGUCGAAGUGUUCGGUCCGCCCAUUAAAGAGGGCGCCAUCUUUCCCAAAGGUAAGGUGUUCGCGGAAUUCCUCCUAGCCAAAGUGGUGAACGCCGAAAAUGCCGCUCACCGUUCCGAAAAAUUCGUCACGAUGGCGACGAGGACGCGACAAGAGUACCUCAAGGAUCUCGUACAGAACUAUUCGACGUCCACGAUCGUUGAUACGGGACAAAAAUUUUCGAUAUUCAGCAGCAAAAAGAAGGAAAAAAUCCGUCCCCGGUUCAUACCGGACCUAUGCCAAAGAGGUGCCAUUUUAUGGCAAGUAUUAUUAGACGAUAGCGGCCAAGGACAACAAAUCGAAUGUUUCCUUGGCAUUUCUUCCGAUACGUUCGUUCUCAUCGAAGAACAUUCGCGACAAAUCGUUUUCGUAACGCCGUGCAAAUCGAUUUUGGGAUGGUCGCCGCAAACGAACAGUCUGAGAUUGUAUCACCACCAGGGGGAGUGCAUGACGAUACAUAUGCGCGAUUCGCACGGCGAUCGAGACGAAUUGAUGGAAAUCAUGGAUCGAUUGAAGUCGGUGACGUUCGGACACGUCGCCCAGGAGUUGACUAUAAGUCGCAACAUUAUGGGCCAGCUGGGUUUUCAUGUCCAACCGGACGGCAUAGUGACUUUGGUGGAAAGCGCAGGUCAGGCCUGGCAGGCGGGACUCCGUCAAAAUUCCCGUCUAGUGGAAAUCUGCAAGGUAGCUGUGGCGACACUCACCUACGACCAAAUGGUGGAUCUUCUCAAAACGUCCAUUACCGUUACUCUAACUGUGAUACCGCCUUUACCUGAUGGCACGCCGCGAAAAGGGUGUACCUUGCAGAACUGCAAAUACAACGAGGCUCAUUAUGAAGGCGACUACGACAACACGAAUACCAAUGAAGAAAAUAAAGGUAGAAGAGCUCCGCAAAUGCAACAAGCCGUUUCCGGGAACCAUAGGAGGAUAUACGAAAGGAGUUUUUCGCCACCUAGGAGCAGUAAUAGUUCCGGUUAUGGUACUGGGAGUAGCAGUAAAUCGUUUCACGGACCCGAGGCUAGAUUUCAAAACAAUAUAGAGGGUACAUUAACAAGUUCCUCAAGUGGCCACUCUGACGACAAAUGGUACGAUUUUCUACAAGAAUUCGAGGCGCCCCCUAUACCCCACAAGACGACCCAGCAGCAGCAACAGCAGCAGCAGCACGUCUCCCGCCUUCACCACACCAACAACACCUUUCCUAAUACUCCGAAACGGAACAAUUCCCAUUUGCAGGUACCUCAAAACAACCAGUACCCCAUCCAGCACAACAAGAUACAUCUGAGCAAUUCGCUGCCUCUGCAACACGUCAGUAUGUCCCAACCGUUGACGGCGGCUUUACAUAACAGUACGAACGACAUGGACGUGUACAAAAGCGAAAAGAAUAAUUUAAUAAAGCAGCAUAAUGAAAGACUAAGACAAGAAAGUGAUUAUAUGAGCACCAGGCCUUCUAGGUCGGAUUACGCUACAGUACAAAGUUUAAAUAACGAUUUUUGUAGGUUAAACGUCAACGAUAGUCAUUCGAAUGACAGUUCUAUAAGCGAAAGAAUCAAUUUGAUUGGCAGCGAAGAAGAAUUGUCUACAGGUGCUGGAAACGCUUCUCCUAGAACUCGUAGAGCAGCGAAACAUGCUCAAAAUUACACGAAUCGAAACCAAAGUCCUAGAUCGCUAAAUGGUGAAGCCAAAUUAAGACCUGGAGUAACUUCUCGUAGCUCUAAUAGAAACAGCGCAAAUUUAUCAAACUUUCAAGAAGAAUUGCUCCGAUUAAUCAAUCCCGACAACAUAGAACAGACGGAGCAAAAAGUAAUGAAAGACUCGAAAAACCAUUCUAGAGAAAAUUUGAAUAACGCUUUGAGCAUUCACAAGCCUCAAUCUCAACCCGAAGUGAUUUUGACGAUGGCUCGUCCGGCUACGGUUAUUUCUAACGCUAGUACUACCUCAAGUCCGUUGCCGAUCGAAUUUAAGAGGGCUCAAGACGAUCCUCACGUGCCUUUAACCAAAAUGAAAACUACCGUUAGUUUUCCCGACGAGUUUCCUUUGCCCGAGGACGGCGAUUGGCCGAGUUUGGUCGAUACGGCGACUUGUUUCAUGAAUCAAGUUGGUUCGUGUGAUGGCGGUAAGGAGAUGGAAGUGAAUAGGUGCUGGGAUGGGGAUGGUGUUAUAGAUGCUUCUAUUACUUCGACGGUAAGCUCGAGUACGAGUGUCCCAGAGCUGCAGAGCCACGUGGCGGAAUUGGAAUCUAAAGUGACUUUAGAAACGCGACGUAGACUUUCCUUGGAGCACGAAGUGCGCAGACUCAAGGAAGAAAAUAGAAAAUUGCAGGAUCAGGCGCACGCCGCCGUUCAGCAACUCAGGAAAUUUACCGAAUGGUUCUUCAAAAACGUGAAGAGGCAGUAA